GAUGCACUAUCACCUCUCAAAGGUAAAUAUUUUCUCAACAAUACCAGUACUAGUACUUCCACUGUCGUUCAGUGCGCUGAACAAUUCAGUCCAGUUUUUUCAGUUUAUGUCCCAGUUACGUUGAAACAACACUUCAUAGAAGUCCAUAGUAUUUACCAACCAUGUUAAUUAGUUCUCAAAACUUUAUUUUAAUUUCAGUGUUGUUUUCAGUGGUAGUUUGUGCUGAAGUUACUUCUAGGUUAACCGUGAAUAUGUCUAAAGUUUUUGCGAAUGUAAACAGUGACCCACCUCAGCCAAAUGAUUUAAAACGUUACCUGUUGGCUAUCAAGGGUAUAAUGAAUUGUUACGUGGGUGAUCCGGAAGCUACUAUGAACCAGAAUACAUUGUUCGGAAUAUUUUUGGCAAAAGGUACCUACCUACCAAAACAAAAUAGAAAAUCUGUAGAAAAAAAACAGGGUUAAUUUUUGCUUAGCUUUUAUGGAAAUGUAAAAGAAAAUUACAAAUAUUUUUUUAGUUAAUCUAAAGCACGCAUUGCUGAGAAGUGACAAAAUGAGCAGCAACAUGAGAAUAUACGUGGAGAACAUCGUGGACGGCGCUGAAACUUUAAUCACUCUUAUUUCAGAAGCAAUUCAUUUUCCGGAGAAAUUUUACAUGGAAGACGAAAUAUUUCUAAGAAAACAAAACGAUUUUUAUCCAGACCUUAUCCCAGUAAUUCCGACAGAUAUCGAAAAUAUAUUAAACACUGGUCCUGACCUGUGCGUUUAUUUAAAUGAGACCCUUUUUAUUCCUGGAUCGUUUUGGAAACAAUACGGAAAAUGUAUUGCAGAAAUGACGAAAUUUGAGAGAACACAUGACUACCCAAUCAACUGUUCCCAACAGUUCACCUGUGACUACAACAGUAUUUUAAAUGCAACAGAAGCUGGCUACGUUCUGAGUCACAAGGUGAUUCUUCUUAUUCUGACCAAUUAUAUAGUUGGUUGCGACAUCACAUCUGAUGACAAGACUCUACUAAAAUCUCUCUGCGAUCGGGCGUAUAUUGAGAGUAUCUACAUUGUGGGAAAUAACUACGUUAACUUGGACUUAUUGAUGGAGUUUGUUGGCUUAUGUGCUGUGGUCGGUGAUUCCAAUUUCAUUCGUAGUUCUUGGCUAAACCAAGCUAUGUCACUACAAACUAAUACGGGUUGCUUUCUCAACGAAAUAGAGGAAUCGGCUCGAGUAAAAUGUAAAGAUGUUCGUUUUAAUACAAUUCACUUUACUAUGACGUCAUUGCUUAGUAUAACCAGCGCAGCUAGAUAUAUCUUGGAAACAUAUUACAUUGAAAACAGUGAAUCCAGUGACCCUGUGCGGCUUGACUGGUAAUUCUAACUUUCUGCGACGUGAUUGGUUGGAAAGAACAUUAGAGUUGCAACAAAAGGAUGGACAUUUUAUAAACCCUGUAGAUGAGGUGUCACACAGGCAGUGCCGACGAGGGAAAACCAACUCUAUCGACCCGAUAUCCUACACCCAUUUCACUGCUGUAUCACUAGCAGGACUCGCUACGGCUAUAAGGUUUAUUUUGGAAAUAGGAAUAUAAAUUAUAUGACUAAAUUGAAAACCAUGUAAGUACUUAGUACUUAUAAUGAAUGAUUUUUGACUAGUCACCAAUUUCCAAUGCUAUCAAAUUUAAUUCAUGCUAAUUAAGUAUAAGAAGUAGAUCUUCCUACAUUGUAUAAUAUUAUUAUUUCGAAUGACUUGCUGUGAAUUUAUUUUAAUUGACUUAUAA